AUGCCGGUUACACUCCGCCAGCGCCUCGACUGCCACUAUUGCGGCCAGCGGUCCAAACAGACGCCGGGCAAGAAGCGUGGCGGCAGAUUUCAGUGCGAGCACUGUCUGGCCGUCAACUUCUUUGAUGAGAACGGAGAGAUAGCAGAUGUUCCUCUCGAGGAAGCGGCGCCCGCACAGGACCUCCCGCAACCGGUCGAGGCCGACCCGCUCGCAGAUGGCUUCUCAGCCCGAGACUCGAUCUUCUGUUCCACAUGUCUCAAGAAUCAGCAUAUCUUCAACUAUACCCUCUCCCAAUAUCUUCCGGACCCAGAGGAACCCGACUAUGACCGACUAGAGGCCGAGCUCCCAGAGUAUAAGAAAGGCCUGGAGCAGCGAUACCCUCAAUGCUGUGCGAAGUGCGAGCCGAGAGUAAGAGCCCAAUUACAGGAGGCCACCUACAAUGCGAGAAGUGACCAUCUCCGGCGGGUGUUGGAAAAGUCUCGCCAGCGAAGGAUCGCUAGCCGGUGGGGAUGGAGAAGUCUCCUCGUCAACGCUGCAGGACUGGGAUACUUUGCUAGUCUCACUGCGCAGAUAUUAUGGCAUCUGUAUGGGUCUCAAAUUUCCAGCAUAUCCCCCCUGGAGGUGAAUCAGCCCGCUGAAUGCGUUCGACAACGGGCUUUUCAUUCUUCAUGCUUGGACGCAACGGAGCCGCUGGUGGGACUCUCCCUCGUGUUAGGACUUCUUUGCGUAUGGUGGAAUCCCAAAUGGCAGGAGAAAUUGGUCAAUAGCGAAGGACGGCUGAUUGGUUUACAUCAGUACUACCUGAUGCAGCUUGUUCUGCUGGGGUUGAGGUUCAGCGCUUGGAUCAUCAUCUUUCAUCUCCCUGUCUCCCUUUGGGUGAAGGCUAUGCUGCACGCCUGCUUUGCGGUCGCGCUGUCUGUCCUCGCAGGCUGGUCUGUGACUCGAAUCGUCAAAGUCAGAUUUGCGCCACCUAUCAAUUGGCAUCAGGAUCCCGCGCCUCUACUGACAAACCAACAAUUCAUACCACCCGGUCGUUCUGAAUCGCAAGGAACCCAACCACUGCAGGAUCGGCCUUUCAGCGUCGAUAGUCUAGCCCAACCCAGCAAGCCGACUUACCAGCCAUGGGACCCUCCCACUCCACCUCCAGAUGCGGCAGACGCUAUGGAUUGGACUCCCACGCAGCGAACAUUUCAGCCACAACCAAAGCAGGUUCGAUACCAGUCUCUUGAUCGUACUCCAUUCCACGGCACGUUGCCGGCUCUCAAUGCAAGAGGAGUUCUCAAAAACAAUCAGAACCAGAAACAACCCGGCAGAGAAGCCAUAGGUCUGCCGCCAGGGUUUUUCGACAAGCCAAAGACGACGACGCUUCCUCCUCGUCAGACCGCACUUGCAAGCGAGGCAAUGGCGCAGCCAACCUUCUUCGGUCACACCCGAGAGUCUGACACAGGACUUGAAGAUAUCUUUGAUUCCGUAUUCUCCCUCCGAGACCGAUCUUCUGGGGAAGACCCUCCCACCUCAGCAAGAACACCAAAGCUGGUUCGAGAUUUCGGGCGGCAUCAGACGGAUACGUUCGAGGUGCCACCCACGACUAAUGGAGCUUCGACUCUGGCUCUUUUCAGGGGCAUCUCCAUCUUCUUUAUCUUGAUUGGCUUGGCUUCCUGGAUACUUGAGGCUGCCCUCUUAUCUCAAACGUCCCAGCUCGGUUAUUACCUUGUCCUUUCUAGCACAAGUAUCCCGAUCGGCCACAUUAUGAUCAGCCUGUAUAAAAAUGGUGCCCGAAACCAUUCUCUGAAUCUAUUUUUGUACGCGUUUGAAGCAACCGCGCUGAUUGCUGUGGCCAAGCUGCGUGAGCCCUUUGGUGAUCUCCUGAGGGAUCUAUGGGAUAAGCUUGCGAUCGGGGCCGUUGCUUUGCUCCUGCCGCAAGAAUAUUUGGCCUUGAACCGAUCAUACUCCCGAUCGAGUUCUGAGCACUGGAACAUGGCGCAGAAUUCUGCUCCGGCAAGAAGAGAGUCGAAACAACCAGGGCAGACACCUAUCAGUGAACCAACCAUGGCAGAAAAGUCACGUGCGAUCAUGCCUGGACUCGUCCGAGCAGAAUCUAACGAGUCAAUCGAGACCCGACCAUCCAUGACUACGGAUAGCGACCCCAGAGAGUCUAGCCCAUGGGACUCGCCGCUCAAAGCCCAGAAUGAGCGGUUCGACUAUUUUGACACGAUGCAGCCGCAAACAUACACAAGGAGCAAUACGCGACGGGCAAGUAGUCGACCCCAGCAGGCCCAGAAACGGAAUGAGCCAAUCUUGUCCUCCGGCGGCAGUCGUCCGGCGACCACACAGCCAUUCGGCUUGGAUGUCUUGAUGCCGCCGCCGGGUGACGGGUUGUCGGGGGACCACAGUACAGGCUUAACGAACACGUUUCAACGGAAUCUGAAGUUAUCAACCCCCGCACAAAAUCCAAUUGCAAGCGCAAACCCCCGGCGGAGAUUAUGA